AACUUCAAUGAGUAGCCUACUUUGUGAAUGGAGAAAUGGUUGAGCAACACGGUCCCUGAGUCGCUAUUAUAAUUUCAUGAACGACAGCCUAUACAGAUUUUGUUGACUUGACGUGUGUCACCGUUGCCGGUCAUUUAAAGUGAAUAGAAAUAGAAUUGAUUCUGUAGAGUUGACGCGGGUUACAGCACUUUAGUAUGGAGCGCGAAGGUCGAGUGCCCAAUGGCGAAGAUGAGGCUUUGAACAAAUUGGAAGAAGAGGAAAUUAUUGGCCAAACAGGGCACUUAAAUCGGCCAAUCGACAUGAACCACUACGCCACCAAGAAGAGCGCGGCCCAGAGCAUGCUGGAUGUCGCCCUGCUGAUGGCCAACUCAUCGCAGCUGAAGACGGUCCUCUACGUGGGGCCUGCGUACCGCUUCUUCAUCCCUCUCAUUGUGCUCUUAAGUCUGUCUAUCACACUGCAGGUGGUGGUGGGUCUUCUCCUGGUCUUCAUCGUCAAGUAUGAUCUGAACGACGUAAGGAAACAGCGAAAACUCAACACCAUGAACAAUGUGGCCACAGUGAUGGUUUUCUUCACAGUUCUCAUCAACAUCUUCAUUACUGCUCUAGGAUUCGAGUCUAGUCGGGUGGGCCUUGACAUUGUUCCGGUUCCUCAAAUGCUUGGGUCUGACAACCACACAGGUCCGGGGUAGUGCCCUCACUGGGUCAAUCGUCUCGGUAGAGAGCUUGGGAGGAGAGGGCUCUGAAGGGACACUAUUUACAUGCCCACCAUUCACCCUGUGCACAAGCACUUUCAGAUUAUGACUCAAGAGCCAUCCCUCUGAUUCAUAAUAUACUGUAUGUAUGCUAUAGGCUACAGUGUAUGCUUUUAUUUAAAACAAACAAAUGAACAAAACCAGGUUUAUCAAGGUGGGUUUUCCAAGAGAGAUCUUGCUGUAAAAUGUCAUUCAUAAACUCAGGUGCUAAUAGACAGAAAUGGGGAAGGCAUUAUCAUUGGACGUUAUGUUACAGUAGAUAGUGCUGAACUGGUAGGUUUCAUUUCUCAUAUGUCAAACACUAGAUCAGUCAAUUAAAGUCAGUUUCUUAGGAAAUGUUCUCAGGUUUGUAGUGUAGCUUUUGUGUGGUUGUCAACUGUUUCUGCAAUACUGUGCAAUGUUACAAUUUCCUUUUUUAUAAACUGUUCCUUUACUUAUUCAUCUUGUUUUAUUAAGCUAUUUGUACAAUACUUUAUUUUAUAGAGGCAUUAAAAUGGUUUUACUUUCUCUA